UCCCUUUCGGCCCUUUCACGCAGGGGAGCAAGGUCAAGAGGAAGGGAGGCUUCAGUCUGCGUCGCCGUUUCUUUUGCCUUCAGUCUCUGCACCUUUCGCAGACCUUGCAACAGCGCAAUGUUGGGACAGAGUAUUCGGAGGUUCACAACCUCUGUGGUCCGUAGGAGCCACUAUGAGGAGGGUCCAGGGAAGAAUUUGCCAUUUUCAGUGGAAAAUAAGUGGCGGUUGCUAGCUAUGAUGACUCUGUACUUUGGAUCUGGAUUUGCUGCACCUUUCUUUAUAGUAAGACACCAACUGCUUAAAAAAUAAUCCAUGAGACAGGUAAAUAAUGAAUGGGUUUUUUUUUUUUUUUUCUUUUUUAAUUUUGCUUUUUAGGGCUGCACCUGCAGCAUAUGGAAGUUUCUGGGCUAGGGGUGGAAUCCAAGCUGCAGCUGCUUGCGUAAGCCACAGCCUCAGCUGGAUCCUUAACCCACUGAGCAAAGCCAGGGAUUGAACCGGAAUCCUCAAGGAUACUGAUUGGGUUCGUUACAGCUGAGCCACAAUGGGAACUCGGAAUUAACGGGUUUUUAAUAUUCACUGUGUUUUUUAUUUCUUCCCUAACUGACCCCCCCACCAAAUACCCACGGAUACAUUACUCUCUUUUGUGAUUCCUGAAGUUAAGUGUGGGGAUGGCAUUGGUGGAGACAGGUUAAGCCUAUAAACAAAUGAAACAAUUUUUUUUUUUUGAAAUCCAGUGUUUAUUGAGUGCCUCUGUUAUGCACACUUUGUUAAUAAGCUUCUUGGCAAGGGUCUGAGACAGAUGAUGUUAACUUGAUUAGAGACCAAAAAAAAAAUAUUUAGUUGCUCAGUAUCCAUCCCACAGCUAGUGAUGGUAGGGCAGGAUUUUUGUCCAGGCAGUCUUGUUCCAGAUUUCAGGUUCUUGAGGUAAAGUUAUAGAAACUGUCUUGAGGGCAGUAUGUUAGUUAUACCUGAAAGAAUCUUGAGUGCAUCCAGAUUAGCAGAUUCCCUGAGUGAAAAGAAAGGAUUUAUUUAGUUUAAUUGUAAUCAGAAAUGUCAUCAAAAGCAAUGCUUAAAGGGAUAAUUGGAAUAAAUUCCAAAAUAUACUUUGAAAAAAAAAGAUUUGUCAUAGUUUAGAACGGAAACGAGUUAGCCAAGAUCUUACUUGUAAAGAUUCUGGUGCAUGUGAUGAAGCAAAUCAGUAUGAAUAAAGUCGUGAUACUGUAAACGCUUUCUGAUGUACCAGUCUUAAACUGAUGGAUAGACUUUAAUGGCACAUUAAUGUGUUUCUGUUAAAUGAAUGAUUUUUUUUAACAUUUUUUUAUUCGCAGAUGUGAAGAGGAGCAUUUUAAGAGGUGCAGUCUCUGAAAAAGGAUCAAAUUCUUGAACUCAGCAUACUGGAUAUGUUUGUAAAUAAAGUUAUGGCAUAAAUCCUCAAUGCUUCUUGGAAAUAAUGGAA